AUGUCGGGCCACUCCGCCUCACCUGAGACCUCAGACCGUCCUCGAACCCCGACCCCAGCUUCUUCGGUCACGGUCACACAAAGAUCCUGUGCCACUUGUCGUCGACGCAAGGUUCGCUGCGACAAGAAGUGCCCCUGCACGCCAUGUUCUCGCGGCGGACACGCAUGCUCCUAUCCGCCCAAGCAGCAGAGGGCUCCCAGGGUGCGCAAGGCCACUAUCGAUGAUGUUGCCACGAGAAUAUCGAAGCUGGAGGAGACGCUGACCUCCAUCCCCGUGCGGGAGGCGUCGCGCCCACGCGACCGUUUCGCAGACUCGCCCAAAACGGCGGCUGCUGGUCCUCACGCAAGUCCCUUGGCCACAUCCGCCGUUGCAACGCCGGGGGGCUCGCUGGCGCCCGUUGGCAGUCCCCAUCCUGGAGGAGAGAUAUUGCUGGAGAAGGGCUCGUCGACUCAGUACUUCAACGAGGUUCUCGUCUCGCGUGUCGUCGGGCAGGAAAGCGACGUCCGAACCGCCCUUUCUACACCAAGAACGGAUGGCUUGUCGCAGGCACAUGUCCCAUCGCCGUUCAACCCCAUGGGAAUACUGUCGACGCCGCUAUUGUCGCAUCCUGCUUCGAGUUUCCACCCCUCCAAGCACACAGCUGUGCAACUCUGGGGGCUCUUCAAAGACAACGUCGACUGCAUGUUCAAAAUUCUACACAUUCCAACUUCGGAAGUCCUAGUGUACACCGUCAUCAACGACCCGUCAACAGCUUCGCCCGAGGCGUUGGCGUUGUCCUACUCGGUGUACUAUGCUGCAACUGUUGUUCUUGACGAGAGGGAAGACUGUCCGCGGCUUCUGGGCGAGUCCUGGGCGAGCGCGCUGCACAGGUAUAAAGCCGGACUCGAGCAGAGCUUUGCCCAGGCCGAUCUGCUGGAGAACCCUACCGUCGUAUUGCUACAGGCUGUGGCAAUCUACCUUACCGCAGUGCGAGUCCACAACACAGGCCGCGCCAUCUGGACGUUGAAUGGCCUGGCCAUCAGAAUCGCCCGGUCCAUUGGCCUCCACCGCGACGGCAAGAAUCUCGGCCUCUCGCCGUUCGAAUCCGAAAUCCGCCGCCGUCUGUGGUGGUAUCUGCUGGGCCGUGACGGCCGUGCUGCCGAAGAUCUCGGACUGCACGACUUCCCCACGCCCAACGUCAUCCUCUCUGGCGGCACAGAACUCCCGCUCAACCUCGAGGACAGCGACCUGGAUCCGAACAUGGAGGAGCUACCGCCACCCCGCAAGGGCUGGACUCGCAUGCUCUCAUCCCUCGCCAACAUUCGCAUCUGCCAAACAUGGGCUGAUAUCCUCCACCUUUCAUGGGCGAGCCCUUCGGCACCUCCGCCCUACGAGGCUCGAGAUCGCAUCGUCGCGAGACUGUUCGAAACCAUCGAGGGCCUCAUCAAAGAGUGCAACCCCGUCGUACCUCUGCAAAAGUUCACCAUCAUCGUUAGUCGCUUCAUUGCCCGAAAACUAGACUUUGUCACGCGCCAGCAGUGGGAGGCCCAGCACCACCCGGAACAGCAGGAGCUUCUGGCGACCGAGGAGACGCUCCUCGAGGCGCUUGGCCUGUUUGAGGAAGGGGAGCGCAUGCUGCAGGACGAGCUGAUGCGUCCGUAUCUCUGGUCGAUGCGAUCAUACCCGCAGUACCACUUGAUGCUGUUCAUUCUGUGGAACAUUUGCCUGCGGCCGAGCAUGUCUUGCGCCCUAGGCCUUUAA